GAGACUUGAAUGAAUUUGGAAAUUUCUAUUUUUGGAAAUCGGAGUACUUCUUUUACUUUCAUCAGAUUCCAAAUGAGAGUAUACAUUUUUCUCUGUUUGAUAUGCUGGGCAAGAUCUGGAUGUUUUUCUCUUUCAUUGAAAUCCAAACCAGUAUCUAGGAAGUGUCUCGAGAAUAAAAGACCAUGCCUUGAAUUCUCUCAGCUAACUGUAAAGGAUUCUUUCAGAGAUUUGUUUAUUCCUAGAAUAAAAAUAUUUCUGAUGAUGUACACAAGGAACAACCUAAAUUGUGCUGAGCCACUGUUUGAGCACAAUAACUCACUUAAUGUUAAUUUCAACCCACAAAAGAAAACUGUCUGGCUGAUCCAUGGAUACAGACCAAUGGGUGCCACCCCAUCAUGGCUUCAGAAAUUUCUGAAGGUUUUGUUGACUGAAGAAGAUAUAAAUGUAAUUGUAGUGGACUGGAACCGUGGUGCUACAACUUUUAUUUAUAAUAGAGCUGUUAAAAACACCAGAAAAGUUGCCAAGAGUUUAAAUGGAUACAUUCAAAAUCUUUUGAAGCAUGGAGCGUCUCUUGACAAUUUUCAUUUCAUAGGUGUGAGCUUAGGGGCUCAUAUCAGUGGAUUUGUUGGAAAGAUGUUUCAUGGUCAACUGGGAAGAAUAACAGGUCUUGAUCCUGCUGGGCCAAAAUUCUCUGGAAAACCAUCUUACAACAGAUUAGAUUAUACUGACGCCAAGUUUGUGGAUGUCAUACAUUCUGACGCCAAUGGUUUAGGUAUCCAAGAACCCUUGGGACAUAUAGACUUUUAUCCAAAUGGAGGGAAAAAACAACCUGGCUGUCCAAAAUCAAUUUUUUCAGGAAUUGAAUUUAUUAAAUGUGACCACCAGAGAGCAGUUUACUUGUUCAUGGCUGCUUUGGAAACAAACUGCAGUUUUAUUUCAUUUCCUUGUCGUUCAUACAAAGAUUACAAGACUAGCUUAUGUGUGGACUGUGACAGCUUUAAGAACAAAUCCUGUCCUAAGCUGGGUUAUCAAGCUGAACUUCGGAAAGAGGGUUUAAAAGAAAGAAUGGAAGAAAGACCUUUUAGAACAACUGUGUUUUUGGAUACUAGUGGCACAAAUCCAUUCUGUACCUACUAUUUUGUUCUCAGUAUCAUUGUUCUGGAUAGAACUAUGAAGAAUGGCUAUAUUUCAUUCAAAUUAUUGAACCAGCUUGGCAUGGUUGAAGAACCCCGGCUCUAUGAGAAGAACAAGCCAUUUGAUAAACUUCAAGAAGUCAAGAUUCUUGCUCAGUUUUUCAAUGAUGUUGUAAACAUUUCGAGCAUUGGUUUGACAUAUUUCCAGAGCUCAAAUCUGCAAUGUCCCUCAUGUAAAUACCAGAUACAGAGUCUCAUGUUAAAAUCGCUUACAUUUCCAGAAAGAUCACCACUUUGCAGGUAUAAUUUUAUACUUAAAGAAAGAGAGGAAGUAUUUCUUAAUCUAGACACAUGUAUACCAAAGACGAUAUAAAAUGACUUCUUCCAGCAAAUCUAACGACUUGUUGUGAAUGAAAACAACACAAGCAGUCUUUCUUUUACAAUAGGUUGUUCAAUCUGGGAUACAGAUAGCUCUAGAUCGUCAAUAAAUUUUUAAGAAUCACAAAUAUAGAAAAUAAAAAGCGCAUAUUGUAAGUACUGUGAGUAUAUUAUAAAAUCUGUUUAUUUCUGUUUAUCCUAUCUGCCUCCUCAAUCAAAUAUGUAUCAUUAAAGAUUUACCUUAACUUCUUAUUUAACAAUAAGAUAAAUAAAUAAAUCUUUAGAAAAAUGUGAAAACUUACUGUCUGGGGGCUG